GCACCCAGAAGCACAGCACAACCGGUCCUCAGCAUCCACAUCCGAACCGGUUAUACGCCUCCAGCCUGAAAAAAGAGGGACGAGUCCUGGCGAGCGCCCCGCAAGAAACGCUCUCCUUCCUGGCUGCUCAGAACAAGUUGGCGCUUUCCUUCGAUUGGUUCUGCCUUUGCUACUUGUGAUCUCGAGUUGUGUUGUGUGCUGCUUGGUACUCGAGUGUGAAUACUUGACGGAUAGAUAUUUUUUUUUAUAAUUCCAAUAUAAAAACCCGCAUGAUCGAUCUCAGACAAAUAACACGUGAAAAAAACAUGGUGUGAUACCUGGAAGUGAACAGUAGCUUAUUGGUCGAAAGCAUCUCAAUUAAUACGGCAGCGAAAGGGCGUUCUCACGGCAAAAGCGAGGCAGUCAAUGCCCCUUGCGACCGCCCGCCGAUGACCUAGGGUGACACCGGCACACUUAACCGAGGGAACGACCGCUGCCGCCCGCGCACCGAUGACAAUGCUGGACCUCAAGACUUCGACCCCCGAUUAUCUGCCGAGGACGGGCCCGCUGUCCAACUUUUCCAUGCUCUUCACCGGUAAUUAUAUAGACCCGAGUUACAAGUCAGCGUGGGGUUCGCCAGCCUCACCAGCCUCACAGACCCAAGGGUACCCUCACAACACACUCGGAAUGACCAAGUCUUCCCUGGAUGCGCACAGCCCUCACCUCCGCCAACCAGACCCCUACCAGAUGUUUGGUCCGACCAGCAGCCGCUUGGCCAGCUCAGGUUCGGGGCAGAUCCAGCUCUGGCAGUUCCUCCUGGAGCUCCUGUCCGAUUCCUCGAACGCCAACUGCAUCACCUGGGAGGGCACGAACGGCGAAUUCAAGCUCACCGAUCCGGACGAGGUGGCCAGGCGAUGGGGCGAGAGGAAGUCGAAGCCAAACAUGAACUACGACAAGCUGUCCCGGGCACUCAGAUACUACUACGACAAGAACAUCAUGACGAAGGUGCACGGGAAGCGCUACGCCUACAAGUUCGACUUCCAGGGCCUGGCCGCGGCCACCCAGCCCGCCGGCGCAGACCCCACAGCAUACAAAUACCAGAGCGACCUCUUCAUGUCCUCCUACCACCCCACCACCAAGCUCAACUUCAUGAGCACACACACAGGCAUACCCUCCUCCACAGCGAGCAUAUUCCCUUCGCCGACGUCGUACUGGACCAACCCCGGCGCGAACCUCUACUCCAACAUCGCUGCUGCUUCGGGACAUUCCAUGACGCAUCAUCCAUCCCACAUGACGUCACACAUCUCUUCAGCCUAUCCGCAUUACGCAUGACAGUCUCUCUUCUCCAAUUGGUGCACGCAACAGUCACGUGACUCCGUCUCGCUUCCUGAUUGGUCCUCCACCUUUCAGCAGGUAACCAGUUUGGAGGAUCAGUGAAAAAAAAUCCAUCAGUGAACAAAAUCUUAAAGUGUUAGAUUAUAUGUAAGUUUCACUGAUGAAUAAGAACUUGUGGAGACGAACAUGCUAAAGUAAUGCAACAACAUUAAAAAUGUAAAUGUCCAAAGACUAAAUAUUUCUAUAUAUGACAAGACACCAGCGUCAUGCAUAGUGAGUGGUGCCGUUGCCGUGCAAGUCCCUUCUUGGUUCGUGGCGUCCUGUCGGCAGGGAGCGCGGGCAGGUGUUCCCACUGCGGUGCGGAAAGCCGCCCUCCGCCACGGAAGGGCGAGAGCCAGAGGGUCGCCUUGCGCAUAUCACCCGAGCCGCCCGCGACCAGAGGAGCUGGCUCGGGGCCCUGACGGUGGCACGGCAGACCUCCAAGAGUGAAACAGGAACAGACUCACGCGAGGCCAGAAACAGAACCAAAGAAUUACAUUCCACGGGGCUGCUGUGAUGACUCCUAUGGGAUCCUGUGGGAAGUAAGCUUAGCUGCAGCUCCGUGCCAGUUUUACUCGUCUAGUCCCGCCCUCUAGUCUAACGUGGGCAAAUAUCAUCCCACUUCAUAAGUGAUAUCCAUUGUAUAUGUAGUCGUGAUCUAGUCCAGUUACCCUUGGUGUAUGUUGGCCCAUCAGCCAUUUCAUGUGAAUUGGUCAGGUGCCGACAGCAGGAACUGUUGCGGCUCGAUGAGACCUCUCCGGGCCCUCCGGCCGCCUGCCGGACGCCCUCGCAGAGAGGAAUGACGUCAUGGUGUGUGUGACCCGACCGAUGAUCUUAUCGUGGCGGCACUCCUGCGCCACGCUCACGCGGGCCUUCGCCGGGGCCGGGAGCCGAAGCGCGAAGUCUUCGAGCGAAAGAACGACUGUACAUAGAGCGCUCGCAGGUCCCCGCCAGGCCCCGGCCGCCGCGGAAAGGCUGGCCAGAACCCGGGUCCACGUGGACGAGCCAGCCGGGCCGACGGGUCUCCGCGCCGCCCGAAUUCAGAGAGCCUCGUCGCCGCCGCCCGACUCCUGUCGGCUGCGAGAGGAAGAGUCGAGCCCAGUAUCUUAGAAAUGUUUUUUAAUCUUCCAGUACUUAAAGGGGGAGCUUUCUCCGGGUGCCCCCUCGAGCAAGUUGUAAAUAUGUGUAAAUAAUGGAUUGAUAAUGACUAGGUGUAGAAGUUCGGACCCCGUUAUUGUGAUGAAUUAUACCAUUGUCGGCUUUGUUUACACUGUACCUGUGACGUCACGCCGCCACAUUCGAGACCUGACUCGGAUGUGCUGUACCUAACCUCCUGUAAAUCGUCCCUUGAAUAUUGUUUUUCUAGUCUGUGAAACCUUUUCUGUAAAUCUGAAGAAUUAAAGAGAAGAAAAUAGGAAUUCUGUUCAGAAGAAAACAUACCGGAAAUCAUAUAAACUGGCACAUAAACUUCACACGAAAAUCCUGACUCUGAACCCCUAUUUAUAUCCUACUUUUAUGUAGAUGCUUAAGAGAACACCUCAACAGUCCACAUUCUCAAGUCACAAGUCUUCUAUAUUUUUAGGUGAUCUUUCACGUCAAAUCUCAGCAAACUGCAGCGAAGCGAGAAUACGGGACUGUUCAGCUGUGAUCCUAACCUGGAAACUUGUUUGUCGAUACUAGCCAAAGGAUCCAUUUCCAAAGAUGUCAUAUUUUCAUAUUAAACCAGAGAUUUUCCGAACAAGGGAUGUCAAAGUCCUUUCCCUGGAGAUGCCGACGUUUAUAAUGUACAAACCUCUUAUUUUAUGUAGGUAGUUUCGCCUGUCAGUGUUCCCCAUAGAGUGUGCUGGAUAUCGCUAAUGAUUUAUUCAUACAUAAUAAAUUCUCAUUUCCAUGGUGUUCAUGCCCUUGUUGUGUUGAAAUGAAUGUUUACAUAAAACGAAAUAAAAUGUACAUAUCCAAA